AUGACGACACUGCAACUGUCCCGGUCAAAUGUGACCGAAGAUGGAUAUCUCCGAUACGUCAAGGACAGCUGCUUUGUUAAGGGAGAGGCUAUUUCUUGUGUCAAGUACAAGGGCCUCAAAGUCAUCAAGGAAACCUUUUUUGGAGAUAACAACAACGAAACGAUUACGACAAACCUAUUCAGUCUGGUCCCGUUAGAUGUGGAAACCAUCAAGAGCUUAGGCGUGAAGAAAACAGUAAGGGACGUAAAACCAAGAGGGUUCUUGUCUGAAUGGGCCGAGUUUGCCAAGUACUUGAUGCGGCUCGUGCAGGACUUCCUGAACGUCAAAGGUCUGAAGGUGGAAAUACCAGAGGGAGCCAGAACCGUGGAGGAGGAAACGACUGAUGAUGGUCGUGGUAAAAAGAAGAAGUUGGCUGUUGUAAUACCGCUGCUAACGUUGCUCGCUGUGAUCAAGAGCAAGUUCUUGCUGCUUCCAAUCCUGCUGGCAGUAAUGCUAAUCAAGAAGCUACUGCUGGCAGCUGCUUUCCUCCUGCCGAAUCUACUGAGCACAUUAAAGGCUUGCAAACACCACUCCAUGCCGCAUUAUUCCUAUUUCGGCAGCUCCGAUAGCAGCGACUUCAAUUCGGACUACGGCAGCAGCUACGCCUACUCCUCGGGAGCAGGGGGAAAAGACUGGGCGUCGAACCGAGCGUAUUCUCCGAAGAACAGGCCGUCACCAGCCCCUAUGUACAUUACAGCCCCGGGAGCUGUUGCUUAA